AUGGUACAAAUCUAUUCCUAUGAACGAUCUGAUGAAAUUGCUAAUGCAGUAGCCAAUUACAUAUUAGACAUUCAGGAUCACGUACUAAAAACUAAUACUGUUUUUAGGAUCGCUGUCAGUGGAGGCUCCCUUGGCAAGGUAUUAAAGAAGGGAUUGAUAGACAAUCAAGAGAACAGAUCAAAAAUUGCCUGGGAUAAAUGGCAUGUGUAUUUCAGUGACGAAAGGUUAGUAAAACUCAAUCACGAGGACUCCAAUUAUGCCCUAUUCAAUGAAAUGGUUUUGAAGCCUCUACAAAAAUUCAAAAUGCCACUACCAAGAGUUGUCACCAUCAAGGAGGAUCUAUUAGAUGAAAGCCGAAUAAACGAUGCAAUGAUAGCAAGUGAGUAUGAACAUCACCUUCCCAGUGUUUUGGAUCUUGUCCUUUUGGGAUGUGGACCUGAUGGUCAUACUUGUUCCCUUUUUCCGAACCACAAACUAUUAAGGGAAACCUCAAAACGCAUUGCUGCUAUAUCAGAUUCUCCCAAGCCACCUUCGAGGAGAAUAACUUUCACAUUUCCAGUCCUUGAGAACUCCUCUAAUAUAGCUUUUGUCGCCGAAGGAGAAGGAAAAUCUCCUGUCUUAAGGCAAAUUUUUGGAGAAGAAAAGACCAAUUUACCAUGCGAAAUCGUAAACAAAUUAUCUACUCGAGUGAGUUGGUUUGUCGAUAACCAUGCUCUUAGUGGAGUCUCCGUUUCUACUUCGAAAUACUGA